AUGACGAAGAACAACAAUAACAACGAUGACAUCAUGCCGAAGUGGAACGGAGAUCUCACCACGGUGGACGAUUACGAGAGAGACGUCAAAGCUUACAUCCGAGGUCGAGCACGACAAGCAGCCAAGGAUGUGGACUGGGACCGCAUUGAGAGAGACGACGGUGCAGCUGAGCUACUGCGACACAUUCGUGCCAAGCUCGGUGCUCAGCCCAUCCAGGAUGCAGGCAAAUAUCUGGCCCGAUGGAUCUUCGAUCUUUGUCGAGACACUGGAGAGCCAAUGCCGAGCUACAUAAGCAGAGACGAUGAGGCCUACCACGACGUGGUCAAGGGUUUCGACACCGAGUAUUUCAAGAAGCAGCGCACGGCUCGGCUGUCGGAAAGGUCAAAGGAAUGGAACACCCUCUACUCGGAGCUCACCUGGUUCUUGUACAAGAUCGAGCAGGAGGGCCCGGAGGACGCCGCCGACAAGGCCAAGGAGUUGAACCACCAGCUCUGGAACUUCAUCAGGACAGGACUUGAGGAGAUCCCCGAGCAUCCGGAUUUCGGAACCGACUUCAAACAGGCGAUUCCUCUUGACCAGCUGCGCGGAUGGCUACUGCUGCAGAGAUCAAGACUUUCCCCGACGGAGCGUGCGGCAGUUAUCAGCGCAGUCAAAGGCAACUUCGACUACGACAGCAUCGGCGAGCAGCUAAGAGUAUCUUGGCCAGAUGACGAGCUGACGAACAGAGAUAAGAAGCACGGCAAGGAGCCGCUCUACAGCGCCCAGGAGAUCGAGGAGGCCGAGACCGCGUUCGCCGCCCAGCAGCGCAGUUUCGAAGAAGCUCGAGAUCUACUCCGACGAGUGAAGACCGCCAGGAAGUUCUACCCCGUGGAUGAGAACAAGAAGCGAGAAGGUUUCGGAGCCUACGUGUUCUUCGGCGCCGAGCAGGACGCCGAGAUGGAGGCGAAUCUCAUCAGGAACGAGACCUCGCGCCUGGAGCUGGAGACGACGCUCAACAAUAAGCCAGUGAUCAAGAAUCGACCGAAGCUUCCGAAGAAACAGCUCGAGAAGACGAUGUACCUAGAGGUGGAGAAAUCCAUCGAGAGGCGGGAGCAAGUCCAUCAUGUGAAACUACCGAGCUGGCCAACCCUGGAGAAGCUAGACGACUGGAUCCUCAUGAGUGUGAAGCAGAGCUCCUCCAAGGGCUUCGGUAUUCUGGACAUCGGCGCGACCUCCAGCAUCAUGGGCAUCGAGGCUGCCGAGAACCUACGCGAUAUCAUCUAUGAGCAGACGGGCAAAAACAUCAAGAUGGACGUUAGCCAGAAGAGUACCUUUAUCUUUGGAGAUGGCAACGCCAAGACCUGCACCGGCAAGGCAACCUUUCCUCUGAUGAUCGCCGGUGUGGAUGGCGAGCUCGAGAUAAACAUCCUCGACGCAGAUGCCCCGCUCUUGAUCGGAGUGGAUGUUUUGAGCCGCCUAGGAGCUGUGAUCGACUGCGAGGCACAUUCUGUCUACUUCAAGAAGCUCGGGCGCCGAGCUGAACUGCUCGUCCUUCCGAGCGGCCUCAGGUACAUCAUCAUCAUUUACGAGUACGGGGGCACCAUCACCAAUUACGCCUACAGCAACAUCAUCAUCAUUUACAAGUACGGGGACAUCAUCAAUUACGUCGGGGACAUCAUCACUUACGUCGGGGACAUCAUCACUUACGUCAGGGACAUCAUCCGUAUCAGCCCCGGCUCCAUCACCUACGGCAUUAUCGGAGUUAUCUCCAGAGCCCUGAGCUCCGACAACAUCCAGUUGGUCCUACAUAUUCGCAUGAGCCUCAACCGCGAGGCGAAAUGUCGCAAAGCAGAGAGCCAGCAGAUCAAGCUGGAGAACGAGGAGAUGGAUGGCCCAUGGGAGCAGGUGGAUGUUCGGGCCCCGCUACUGGACUCGGGAUCAUCGGCGGCGACCUUCACGUCGACGCCGGCACGGCCUACACUACAACGGAUGCAGCCGCAGGGGCGACUGAUCGCUCAUCAGGACGUGAGGGGUCACAUCUUCUACACGAUCGAGGGCUCGGAGCUGGACAACAGCAUGAAGCGGAUGACGGACACCUUCCUGCAGGAGCACCUACCGAACUGGGAGAUGUGGUCCAGCAAGCUCCUCCAGCAGUGGACGCAGUGCCGUCGCUGGGGACGAAUCAUCCAGAAGGUCUUCAACAAGACGAUCGACCGUGUGAACUGGAAGCUGGACAGCCUCGGACUACCUGUGCAGUUGCUACCCGAGAGGUACCCGACCUGGCCGGCGGACAUCGAGCAUCGUGCGAAGAUCGAGCCGCGCCAGCCGUGCACGGAGCCGAAGCAGCGCCCCCUGUCUCAGAAGUCAGCAGCCUCAGCAGCCGCGCGCGAGCAGAAUCAAGAGCUACGAGCCACCAUCGAGACCGCAAAGUUAGAUUUCUUGACCAAGUUUGCGGAGGUGGAUGCGUUUGCAGCGCUGAGCUCGGAGCAGAUCCACGAGCAGCUCAGCAUGGUCACGUUGGUCAACCAUCUCAAGCCGCUGUGCAAGAUGUGGGGACUGACCCAGACUGGCAAGAAGGAGGAGGUGAUCGACAAGAUCAUCGCGUACAUCAUCGAGCAGCGCGGCACGGCGGCAGCGACUAUCAAGAUCAAGAAGGAGACGGAGACCAAGAAGAUGGAGACGACGGCCAUGCCCGUGGGCCCGGCGAUCUCAGCUCACUACACUCAGAUGUGCCAGCACCCGGACUGCAAGCUACGCCGAUGCAUCGCCAAGAACGAGCCGAUCGUGAAGAUGAGGCUCUACGGUUGGUGCCACCAGGCGUGUGCGGUCAGGACGAAGGCCUGA